AUGUCAGCAGCAGCACCGCCAGCCGCGAGCAACUCGCCAGUGCCCCCGUCUUCGCGGCCCGAGGUGUGCGGCCCGCACGCCCCCGAGCGGCCCUACCCCAUCUAUCUGCGCGGCGAGGUCGAAAAGGGCUUCGGCAGGGGCUCCAAGGACCUUGGCUGCCCGACAGCCAACCUGCCGGCGAGGGUGGUCGGCCCCGGCUCCAAGCUCACCCGGACCGGCGUCUACUUUGGCUUCGCGCGCGUAUUGCCUCAGGAAGAGGAUGAUGACUUCCUGACCGACUCUGAGGAUGCCGACGGGCCGUCAUCGUCGUCCGGCAACGGCACCGGUGCCACGUCGGUCGACGACGAUGACGACGACGACGACAACGAGGUGGUCCUGGGCGCGAGCCCGAUCCAGGACGGAGCCGACGGCUUCCCCCAGUCUGGCCGGACAAAAGCGAGGCAGGACAGCAAGAGCAGCCUGCAGCAGCAGGCCAACCUGCUCCGACCAAGCGAUGGCCGCAGCACCGACAAAGAGGCGGUCGUGUCGGCUAUGGAGCUCAAGGCAGCGGCUUCAGCAGCGUCGGCAUCCGCAUCUGCAGCCGCCGCGUCGGGCGCCGCCGCCGAACCGAUACCCACGCCGCAGGAGUCUCACAGCUCGAGGCACGCCUCGUCCGGGAGCGGCACCGGCAGCGCCUUCAGCAGCCUCAGCAGGCGACACAAGAAGAGGCGCAUCCCGCUGCGGCAAGAGGACUCGCGGGUCUUUCCGAUGGUCAUGAGCGUCGGCUGGAACCCGUUCUACAAGAACACCUACAAGACGGCAGAGGUCCACAUCCUCCACGAGUUUGGCGCCGACUUCUACGGCCUCGAGAUCCGCGUCGUCGUGCUGGGAUACGUGCGUCCCGAGUACAACUACGACUCGAUGGAUGCUCUGAUCGCCGACAUCGAGAUGGACAAGAAGGUGACGGUCAACUCGCUCAACCGGCCGCUGUACCAGGACUACGCGCGGGACCCGUUCCUCGGCAAGGUGGCGUCCUGA